GUGGAGAAUUAAUCGCUGUUGGAAUCUUGUGGCUUAUUCUAAGAUAUGAACAAAGCACAGACUGGAUGUAGCUGAAUUCACGUUGGAUGAUCUUGUUUUUACGUUUUUCACCGGAAAAUAUCCAUUUCUGACAUGGCGUUUAAACAACCACUCUGCAAAUGGCGUUUGCUUUUCGAAUAUCACCGGGUAAUGGCUAUUUUCUUUCUUUGCCUAUUUAAUGUGGUAUCUGCUCAGAUACGCUACUCGAUCCCAGAGGAGAUGAAAAAGGGCUCUCUUAUCGGUAACGUAGCACAGGAUCUGGGUUUGGAUCUGAAAAGGCUCCGUUCUGGCCGGGCCCGUAUCGUGACCGGGGAAAACAUCCACUACACCGAGCUGAAGACGGACAAAGGGAUUCUCGUCGUGAACGAGAGAAUCGACCGAGAGCAGCUCUGUGGAGACGUGACGCCGUGUAGCUUCAGCUUCGAAAUGAUUUUAGAAAAUCCCAUGGAGCUGCACCACAUUACGAUUGAAGUGUUAGACGUGAAUGACCAUCCGCCCGUUUUCAAGAAGUCAGAUAUCAUGUUGGACAUAAGCGAGUCCGCUAAUCUUGGUGCGCGAUUUGUGCUCGACAACGCAGAGGAUCCGGAUGUCGGCAGCAACGGCCUCCAAAAUUAUGUUUUAACCCCAAACGACAACUUCGUUUUGAAGCAGCAUGUUAAUCCGGACGGGAGCAAAUAUGCAGAGAUGGUGCUGCAGAGGCAGUUAGACAGAGAGCAGGCUCCCAAUCUAUCGUUGAAGCUCAUAGCAGUCGAUGGAGGAAAUCCACAAAGAUCUGGCUCCGUAAAUAUAAACAUAAUAGUUUUAGAUGCCAAUGACAAUGCGCCUGUUUUCAACCAGUCUGUCUAUAAGGGCACGGUGAUAGAAAACGCAGCUAAGGGCACACAUAUCGUUACUGUUAAUGCUACAGACGCUGAUAGUGGCACACAUAGUUACAUCACAUAUUCAAUGUCAAACUUAAAGAGCAAUAUAGCUGAUUUGUUGACCAUAGAUCAGAUAUCUGGCGUGUUGUCUGUUUCGGGUCAGAUAGAUUUUGAAAAGGAUAAAAAAUUUGAGCUCAGAAUCGACGCAAAGGAUCAGGGAGGUUUAACGGAUUCGAGUAAAGUGAUAAUUGAAGUAAGUGAUGUGAAUGACAACGCCCCUACCAUCAGCGUCAUGUCAUUCACUAGUCCUGUGUCAGAGGACUCUCCUCCCGGUACAACUGUUGGCAUCAUAAAUGUAAAAGACCUGGAUUCAGGUGAUAACGGACAAGUGAAUUGUAGAAUAGAACAAAACGCACCUUUUAAGAUAAAAUCUAAUUUAAAAAAUUACUAUACAUUAGUAACAGACACUGUAUUAGAUCGUGAAAGUGCUACAGAAUACAACAUCACUGUUGUAGCGACAGAUGCAGGAAUUCCUCCUCUCUCCACGAAAAGAACAUUUCAUUUAAAGGUCUCUGAUGUGAACGAUAACGCUCCGGUGUUUUCACAACGUGUUUACAGCGCGUCCAUCGUAGAGAAUAACUCUCCCGGUGUUUCUGUACUGAUUCUCGUGGCCAAAGAUCCAGAUGAAAACCAAAACGCCCGAAUAUCUUAUAUUCUGGAAGAUACUAAUAUUGGCGGUUCUCCAGUUUCUCAUUCUGUGUCAGUUAAUGCAGAAAGUGGAGUGAUCCAUGCGACACGUUCGUUUGAUUAUGAGCAAAUUAAAGAGCUGUCUUUUGUUGUCAAAGCUCAGGACGGAGGCUCUCCUCCACUCAGUAGUAACGUGACAGUGAAAGUACUGAUCCAGGACCAGAACGACAACCCCCCUCAGGUCCUGUACCCAGUCCAGACUGGUGGCUCUCUGGUGGCUGAGAUGGUGCCUCGUUCAGCAGAUGUGGGCUAUCUGGUCACUAAAGUGGUGGCUGUGGAUGUGGACUCUGGACAGAAUGCCUGGCUCUCCUACAAACUGCAGAAAGCCACCGACAGGGCGCUGUUUGAAGUGGGCUCACAGAAUGGAGAAAUCAGAACGAUCCGUCAAGUGACUGAUAAAGAUGCAGUGAAACAGAGACUGACUGUGAUAGUGGAGGACAACGGGCAGCCCUCUCGUUCAGCUACAGUCGUUGUUAACGUGGCGGUGGCGGACAGCUUCCCUGAAGUGCUGUCGGAGUUCACUGACUUUACUCACGACAAGGAGUACAACGACAACCUGACUUUUUACUUAGUGUUGGCUCUGGCUGUAGUCUCCUUCCUCUUCAUCACGUGUCUAGUGGUUAUUAUCUCAGUGAAGAUCUACAGGUGGAGACAGUCUCGCGUCCUGUAUCACUCCAAUCUCCCUGUGAUUCCAUAUUAUCCACCACGUUACUCGGACACUUUGGGGACAGGGACUCUCCAACACGUGUACAACUACGAGGUGUGCAGGACGACUGACUCCAGAAAGAGUGACUGUAAGUUCGGCAGAGCUGGUAGUCAGAACGUGCUGAUCAUGGAGCCCAGUUCUACAGGGACGAUGCAGAGGAUGCAGAGUGAAAAGAGCAUCCUGGAUGAACCUGACUCUCCUCUAGAGGUGAGUCCAGUGACAUCACAUCACUCAACAUCUGGUGAUGUGCUCCCGAAAUUCCACAUAUCUAAAAUGAUGAACAGAUGGUGCGAAAGGUUUGACCUGAACACGGGUGCAAUAGUAAAAUAA